ACAUGACUCUCUGGUCUAACAGUAGGUAGAUCAGAGAAGGCAAUGGAUUGCCUGGCUUUCUUCACCUUCCUUUUUGUUUUGAUCUGUUCCUCAACCUUGUGGAAUUUUCAAUUGCAGCAGAUACUAUUAUUCCAGGCCAAUUCCUUACUGAUGCUGAGAUUCUUGUGUCCUCCAACCGAAGAUUCGAGCUUGGCUUCUUCUCCCCAGGAAGGUCCAAGAACAGGUAUAUAGGAAUAUGGUACAAAGCUACCCCAGAUGUCGUUGCGUGGGUUGCAAAUAGAAACAACCCUAUUACAGAUUCACAGGGGUUGGUCUUAACAGUUAACAGUGAUGGAGCGCUUCUUCUUCUCAGUGGAAAUCGGAGUACUAUCUGGUCUGCUAAUUUGUCAAAAAAAGCAGCAAGUCCCGUCGCACAGCUCCUGGAUACCGGAAACCUUGUUGUUAUAGACAAGGUAAUCAUGAGUUCUGAAAGCUAUAUGUGGCAGAGCUUUGAUUUCCCAACUGACACACGGUUACCAGGCAUGAAGUUGCGGGAUAAUUUCGACCCUGGAAUAGACCAAUAUUUGUCAUCAUGGAGAAGUGCAGAGGAUCCAUCCCCUGGAGACUUCAACUACAAAAUCGAUAACCGUGGGUUGCCUCAAAUGGUUACUAUGAUGGGGUCAGUGAAAAAGUAUCGUAGUGGACCAUGGAAUGGAAUUCGUUUCAGUGGUCACCCUAUGAUUUCAAGUCCUACUUUUAACUAUAAAUUGGAGUUCAGUGGGAGUAGAUUGACUUCUAUCUCUGAGACUUACAACGACUCAAUUGCUACGAGAUUAAAGAUGGAGCAAUCAGGCUUGCUUGACCUCUUUGUAAUGGACGAAAAGGGCACUAGCUGGACUCUAGUUUACACAACACCAGGCGAACCAUGCGACAAUUAUGGGCAAUGUGGUCCUAAUGGUAUCUGCAAAUUAAACAAAACCCCAAUGUGCGAAUGUCUGAAGGGAUUCACACCCAAAUCUCAAGUAGAAUGGGAAGUGCUUGUAUGGUCCAGUGGAUGUGUAAGAAAGGUGCCAUUAGAUUGCCAUAGUGGAGAAGGAUUUGUGCAGGUUCCAUCAGUCAAGUUGCCUGACUUGUUGGAGUUCCAGCUAAACACUAGUAUGAGCCUCAUUGAAUGCAAGGCAGAGUGUUUGAAAAACUGUUCUUGUUCUGCUUAUGCAAAUCCGUAUGUCACAGGAGGCGGCACUGGCUGUUUGAUGUGGUUUGGAAAUCUGGUGGACAUCCGGGAGUUUGUUGCAGAAGGGAGUGAGCAAGAUAUCUAUUUGCGCUUGCCAGCUUCAGAAUUAGAACACAUCAGUCGUUCAAAGGAGAAGAAUAAAAGACUUGUGAAGAUCCUAGUGGUAUUGGCCAUUUCAGGAGUACUUAUCUUGUCUGUGGUGUGCGGGUGCAUAGUUGUGAAAUUAAUGACAAAGAGAAGAGCUCAGAAAAGGAAGAAUGAAGAAGUAGAAUUACCUCUAUUUCGUUUGGCGACUAUUGCUGCUGCAACAAAUAACUUCUCUCAGGAAAAUCUGAUCGGGCGAGGUGGCUUUGGUCCAGUUUACAAGGGCCAAUUACAACCCGAACAAGAAAUAGCAGUAAAAAGAUUAUCAAACGAUUCAGGGCAAGGUCUUGCAGAAUUUAAAAAUGAAGUUGUUUCGAUAGCCAAACUCCAACAUAUAAAUCUAGUCAGGAUUCUGGGAUGUUGCAUUCAAGGAGAAGAAAGGAUGUUAAUCUAUGAGUACUUGCACAACAAAAGCUUGGAUUACUUCAUAUUUGGUUUGAGCCUCAGAAUCCUCUCUCUCUGAUUAGUCCCAUAGCCAAAAUAAUGCUUAGCUACAUGCUUGCUGAUUAAACAUCUGAACAAAGCCAUCCAGUUGAUUUUAAUGUGAAAAGCUCUGAUCUUGAUACUUAAAAAUGGUCGAUUUGUGCAGAUAGAAGUAGAAGUGCAUCGUUGUCUUGGCCAAAGCGUUUUGACAUAGUUAUGGGGAUUGCACGAGGACUUCUCUAUCUUCACCAAGAUUCAAGAUUGAGAAUUAUUCACAGGGAUCUCAAAGCAAGCAAUAUACUACUAGACAGGGAUCUCAUUCCCAAAAUUUCCGAUUUUGGCUUAGCUAGGAUUUUCGGAGGGGAUCAAAUUUUUGCAAAAACAAAAAGAGUCGUUGGUACAUAUGGCUAUAUGUCUCCAGAGUAUGCAAUUGAUGGAAAAUUCUCUGCAAAGUCCGAUAUCUUCAGCCUAGGCGUGCUUAUGUUAGAGAUAGUAAGUGGCAAAAGGAACAGAGGCUUUCAUCAUCCCGAUCACCACCACAACCUUCUGGGCCAUGCAUGGUUGCUCUGGAAUCAAGACAGGGCUUUGGAACUAAUGGAUUCAUGCUUGAGGAACUCGUUUAUCGAAUAUCAAGUGCAGAGGUGUAUCCAUGUGGGUCUGCUGUGCGUUCAACAACUUCCACAAGACAGACCAGCUAUGUCAUCUAUAAUUUUGAUGAUGGGAAACGAGGGAUCAAUGUUGGCGAAACCUAAACUACCUGGUUUUUUCUCUGAAAGAAGUCCCAUUGACAUGGAUUCAGCAUCAAGAAGUACAGAAGUUGGAACAGAUGAUAUAGAAACUAUAACUAUACUAGAAGCUCGAUAGGCUAAGUCCUCUACAUUGUUGUGUCAUAUUAUACCUUCCUUUAACAUCAUCUGUUUAUAGAAACUAUAACUAUACU